CGCGAGGCGGCCGCCGCGGGCGGCGCGGCCGAGGCGCGCGCCGAACUCGAGCGCGCGCGGGCGGAGGCGCGCGAAGAGGCCGAGCGCGCCCGGGCCGAAGCCAAAGAGGAGGCCGAGCGCGCCCGGGCCGAGUCGGAGCGCGCGCGCGCCGAAGCCAAGGCGGAAGCAGAGCAAGCGCGCGCCGAGGCGGGCGCCGAGAGCGAGCGCGCGCGCGCGGAAGCCAAGGCCGAGGCCGAGCGUAUGAAACUCUUCGCGAGCGCCGAGGCCGGCCGCGCGAAGGCCGAGGCCAUUGAAAGAGAAAAUGCCUUGAAGCGUUCUGCCGACCUCGCGAAGGCCGAGGCGGCACGAGCGCGCGUGGAGGCCUUGGAGAGGGAAGAGCGGGCGGCGCGCGAGGCCGCGGAAGCUCGAGCCGAGGCCGCGGCGGCGAAGGGCGCGUCCGACGACUUGGUGAACUUCCUGAAGCAGCACCCGGAUCUGGAGAAGGAGGUCGCCGACGAUGGCUGUGUGGAGCAGCGGUUGAUCGACUUUGAGAAGCGGUGCGCCGACGCGUUCUUCCGCCUCGAGCAGAUGGUCGAGCUGCGGGCGGCGCAGUCUUUGGAAUUGGAGAAGCGGAUCCAGGCCAUCGCGUCGGGCGAGGAGCGGAUUGCUGGAAGGAGCCGCGGGCCUUCUCGCGUGUCUACGGCGAAGAAGAGCGUCAUCCCGAAGAAGGCCGCCGAAGCUCGCAAGGCGCGAGCGAAGGCCGCGGCGGAGAAGGAGGUCGCCGCGUUCAAGGAGGAGUUCUUGAGUGCGGCGCGGCAGUGCUUCCGCUUGAUCGACAAAGAUCAAGGCGGGUCCCUAUCAAAGGCCGAGAUCGUCGAGGCCGUCAAGUCAGAUCAAGUAGUUAUAAAAUUCUUGACGACGUGCGGCGAGGAGAACCUGCAAUUCUUAUUGCACCCGCCGCGGCUGCAGAAAGCCUUGGAGAUCCUGGACACGGAUAAGAGCGGCGAGGUCGACGCCGACGAGUGGCGCGUCGCGCAGUGUCCUCCAUCGUUACGCCAUCGACGCGUCGUCGCCGCCGCGUAGAGGUAUAAAAUCAAAACGCGCGCAGGGAGGAAGCUAUCAACCGGGGCCUCUCGAAGCGCGUCGAGCAGCUCAAGGUCGAGCAGGAGCGGCGCGAGCGCGCGGCGCAGCGGGCGGACGAGGAGUUCAGCGUCGAGUUCCUGAACGCGGCGCGCGCGGUGUUCCGCAUGAUCGACGCCGACGGGAGCGGCACGCUGGAGAAGGCCGAAGUGGUUGAUGCCGUGAAGAACAACCAAAAGGUCAUCAAGUUCCUCGAGACCUGCGGCAACUCGAACCUCCAGUAUUUGUUGGUGCCGGCGCGCCUCGAGUCCGCGCUCCAGCAGCUGGAUACAGAUCGCGAUGGCCACAUCGAUGAGAGUGAAUGGGAGGAGUGCAUCGAGGUCGCGCUGUCGGCCAAGCUGGAACAGCGCGAGGCCAAGCGCGAAUCACAAGCCAAGGCGGCCGCAGCUGAAGUCGCGGCGUUCACGCUCGACUUCAAGAACGCCGCGCGGCGCUGCUUCGAGCUCAUCGACAAAGACGAAGGCGGGACCCUGGACAAGGGCGAAAUUGUGAGAGCCGUCAAGGAGGACGCUGAAGUGAUCUCCUUCCUCGAGACGUGCGGCGAGGAGAACCUGCAGUUUCUGCUCGUGCCGGAUCGUUUAGAAGCGAGCCUCGACGCGCUCGACACGAGCAAGGACGGCGAGCUAGACAUCGACGAAUGCACGGCCCGGUGUCUGAAUCAUGACCUGCGCGCCAUCUCACCGGUAAAUUUGCACGCAGGGGAGAGCGCGAUCAACAAAGGCCUGGCAAACCGCCUGGCGGAGCUCGAGGUGGCGCGCGAGGAAAGAGAUAGAGCCGAGCUCGAGGAGGAGUGUGGAAUUGAAGCUGACACGUACGAGGCGCUGCCGGACCCGGCGGAGGACGCGACGGAGGGGCUGCGCCACGACGUCAACAACCUCACGCACUUCGUCGACCGAUUGUCGAUCAGGUGCGAGGACUUUUUCCGGCGGAACGCGGGCCUCGAGGAGGCGCGGAAGCGCGAGGCGCACGACGAGGAGCGCCGCGCGCGCCUCGCGUGCGUCGACGCGCUGCAGGCGCUGCGGGACGGAGUAGGGGCCGCGCGCGGCGUCGAGGGCGUGACGGGCCACGAGCUCGAGACUUUGGACGGCGUGUGCCGGAGGACGCUCGCGAGCCUGCCUACUAGAGAGAAAAUACUGCAGGACCGGGCCCCGGGCGUGCUCAAACCGUCGGCCCUCCUAAGAGUGCGCAUGGCCGCCGCGGCGCUCGAUAAAGUCAUGGACGCGACGCUCGAGGAGCCCUUCGCGCGGCCCGGCGCGCUGAACCACGCGCGCCGCUCCGCGCACCGGUUGGAAGACGCAGACUUCGACGCCUACUCGACGUGGCACGCGCCGCUGGCGAACGCGCUCGACGCGGCGUGUGCUUUGCUGGAUCGCCACGCGUCGGCUUCCUCGACGUCGCUGGACGUCGUGCGACUCAUGAAGCGGCGGCGGCGCGCGCCCGAGGACGAGCAUCCUUGCUCGACGGACGAGGCCCUCGACGAGUGGGGCCGCCGUUUAGACGCUGGCAAGGUGCCGGACGCGCGCCAGUGGCGCGUCGUGGCCACACUCUCAAAUGAAGACGCGCCCGAGGAGACGCAAGAAGACAAUUGGGGAGGAUCGUGGGACGAGCGCCCGUGGACGUCCGACCCCGAGGAGAUUGGUCCCGUCAAAAAGGACCUCGACUUGGUGAAGGCCAAGGCCGAGCUCACGCAGCGCACUUGUUUGAGACUGGAUGCCGCGCUGGAAGAGGUCGUCGCGCAGAUGCGCGGCGGCUUCGCGUCGAAGGCUGAUUUACAAGAGGUCGAAGAGCAUUUGCGGAGGCUGGCGUCCAUCCAGCGCGGCACGGCGAACGAAAUCGCCUCGAACAAAGCAGGGUUAUCUGAUUAUGAGCUCCAGCUGAAGAGGGUGGCGGACCAAGUGAGGGCGUCUCAAGCAAAAACGCCGCGGUUCCAGCGGCUCGAGCAGUGCGUUUUGCGGCGUCCUACUUUUUGCACCGUUCGUGAUCUCGCGGUGCCUUCGUGAUCUCGCGGCGCCGCGACGCCGUCGCCGCGGCCGGAGAGAGUCUACAUGAGCAUGAUGUCACGCCACGGCGACGAGCCAAGCCUCCCGCAACUCCGAGAUUCCGACUCCCGUGUUUCGGGGUCUGGAGCUUGACGCGCCCAGCAUCACGCCAUCGCCGCGACGCAGGCUCAUUUCAAGAAAAGCAGACGCCGAGGCCGUCGCGCGCGUCACGACGGAGAUUCGGGGACGGGUCGACGGCGUCGAGUCCAAGGCCGCCGAAUUCGUCGUUCCGGAACCGAUCGGCGCGGCCGCCGAUGGCAUCUUCUCGACAAAAUGUUUAGCGUGCAACCGGCCCUACCAGUAUCCUCAGAAACAGGAGAUCCCGGAGGUGCCCAGACAGCGGAGUCUGGGGGUGAUGCCGCCCUCGUCGACCGCGGACUUGGACGUCGCGGGGACGCGCGCGCCCGUCGAUCGGAGGCAGGUCCGCAUUGCGACCCCUCCGCGACGGUUGCGCGCCGACGACUUCGCGCUGGCCAUGGAGGCGCCCGACGUGUUCCUGGCGAUGCAGCAACGGAAACAAAGGACGAAGCAGAAGGUCGUGAUCAACGCGCGGGUCGCGCCGCCCGUCGGGCGGCACUCGUUCGAUUCGCCGGGUGGGGGGCUGGGGUAAUUUAGUUUGAUUGA